UGACGAUGUUUACAUGGGCGAAACUUUUAUGACUUCAUAUGUGACACUGAAUAUAUAUUUUCCAAGUUCAAAUGAGCUAGUUAUUUAGACACGAGAUUAACUCCAAACUUUUCCUAUCAAAUAUAUAAAUUUCUCGUGUUAACGGGGGGGGAGGGGGUAAACACAAAUUGAUAGAACAAAGCCUUUAUUUAGCUGGAUUCGUCGACCAUGUUUUAAUUGGCUAUUAUUUGAACACAAUUGCAAUAUGAAAAUGAAGUCGUUAAAUGCAGUGUGUGAUGCCAAUCCACUUACUGUAAACAUUUACAAAGAAUUUGAUGACAAGAAAGAAGUAAAUAUUAACUCCUUCAGGAAAUAAGUUCUAUUCUCUGCAAAAAGGCUGCCGUUCUGAAAUCAUCUGAAAUAGUAUACCAAUGGGUGACAGCAACUGCGCUCGAUCGUCUCUGUUUUUGAUCAAUGCUUUUUUCCUGUUUGCAGGUUUGGCUCUUCUUUCUUUCGGACUGAGCUGGGUUCAAUGGGAGAAAGACAAUUAUGUUGGCCUGGCUGAUUCAAACAUGGAUUUAAAUAGAGCAAUAGUUGCCAUCUCCAUUGGAGGUCUUCUACAAUCCUCUCUUGUUUUUUUUGAAGUAAUAACAUCUCAACGGAAUGCUGUUUUGUUGUGGAGUAUCUUUUGUUUUCUGGUGCUGAUUUUCAUGAUUCAAAUUGUUGCUUUUGCAAUGGGAAUGUCGCAGAGGACAAAGAUUGAAGAUGAAAUGCAUGAGCGUAUGAAUAAAACUCUCCGGGAAUACAAGACGAAGGGUAAUGGCAAAAUUACUAAAGCGUGGGACUGGGCGCAACAAAAGUUUAAAUGUUGUGGAGUGUAUAAUUACACAGACUGGAGAUUCUCCGUGACGGGAUUCAAUAAGGAAGACAGCCUCGUUCCUGACAGUUGCUGUAAAGUAGAAUACAAAGGUUGUGGAAAGUUUAAUCAAACAGGCUAUUUCAACGUGACAAGUCAUGUGAACAAGACUGAAAUUUAUGAUGGUGGUUGUAUACAUGAUGUAAAAAAAACUAUCGGGGAUCAUUUGCUGACCACAGGAUUAGCAACGCUUGCAUUUCUAAUCUUGGGGCUUGUCGUGGUUCUUUUUACACCGAAACUAUUAUUGAACAAACGAAGCGUCGAGACUUCUGGUGGAUAUUCUGGAUUUGUAUAGCCUGGCUUACAACCGCGUUAUGUGAACAAGUGAAGAAUUUACUCCAAACAUUACAGUUGCAUGGCAUGCAUGCCACUAUGCGUAUUCACAAUAAUAAUAAUGUAAUAAUGUAAAACCCUAGGUAGCCUAAAGGUAUUUGUGUUUUAAUCUAAA